AUGGGUUCUCAAAGAGAUGAUUCUGCAGAGGGCAGCAGGGAUCCUAAACAACCUCAAGAGCAAGCAACUAGAACACAAGAUAAUGCCAGUAAUACCAAUGCAGCUCUGCAAAACCCUUCAGGUAACCUUAGGCGCGCCGAAUCUGACUCCGUCCUUCCACAAUACUGGGAGCCGCAACCAGUCCAUCCUCCAGUUGCCCUUUUCCCACCCACCCAACUCAAUCCGAGUAUGUUCCAAAGAAGGGACUUACCUGUCUACACCCCUCUUUCUGCCGCGCAACUGUAUCCGACUGGAGGAGUCACUAGAGAGCCUAACCAUGGGUUCUCUGGCAACUCAUCCCAAGCAACAGGAGCUGCGGUGACCGUUGGUAGUGGUGUGGAUAACGUCAAUGCCGCCCCUGUCCAUAAUCAUAUCAUUACCAAGAGAAGAUGUAGGAAGCGCCAAUCUAAGGAUGGCGCUAACUCAUCAGCUUCUUCUGCUAAAUCCUCCGGGGUCCAUAAGUCUAAGCCUUCCUCAUCUAAGAGAGGCAAGCCGGUAAUCGAGCCUACAAAUGCAUAUAUAGACCGAAUAACCGGGGAUCUUGCUUUUGCUCUCGCAAAUUUGCAAUCCGCUCAAGCUACCAUAGCAGCUAUUCAAGCUGAUCUUGCGAGUAGAAAUGCUGGAAGAGCUCUAGCAGCUUCUGCUGCUACAAUAGAGAGUUCUGAUGACGAAAGCGCACAAAAAGAUCCGGCCGGACCAUCUUCGUCCUAA